CCACUCUUUGACACUCUUCGUUCCUUUCUCGUUCUUGUCUCAUUAUCUACAAUAUCAAAGAACAAUAUUGCGCCCUUUCACUUCCAUCGUCACUUGAAAAGAAUCAUCAUGGCUGUAUACGAAACUCGCUUCAAGCUCAACACUGGUGCGGAGAUCCCCGCCUUGGGUCUGGGAACAUGGCAAUCGAAGCCUGGAGAGGUUGAGAGGGCUGUCAGUCAUGCUAUCUCGGUGGGAUACAGACACAUCGACACUGCCUACUGCUACCAGAACGAAACAGAGGUCGGCAAUGGCAUCAAAGAGGCGCUGCAAUCUGGAAAGGUCAAGCGUGAGGAUCUUUUUGUCACCACCAAGCUGUGGUGCACAUACCAUACACGCGUCGAAGAGGCUCUGGACAAGAGCUUGAAGAACCUGGGCUUGGACUACGUUGAUCUCUACCUGAUGCACUGGCCCUUGGCCAUGAACCCUGAGGGAAACCAUGAGCUGUUCCCCAAGCACCCCGAUGGCUCCCGGGACAUCGUCCACUCCCACUCCCACAUCACCACCUGGAAGAGCAUGGAGAAGCUGCUGGCUACCGGCAAAACCAAGGCUAUCGGUGUCUCCAACUACAGCAAGAGGUACCUCGAGCAGCUACUGCCCGAGGUGACUGUUGUUCCGGCCGUCAACCAGAUCGAGAACCACCCAUCUCUUCCUCAACAGGAGAUUCCCUUGUUUACCGCAGAGCCCAUUGUCGCGGUUGCGAAGAAGAGAGGAGCCAGCCCGGCCAGCGUUCUCCUCAGCUGGCACAUCGCCCGUGGAUCUUCUGUUCUGGCCAAGUCCGUCACUCCUUCCCGUAUCGAAGAGAACCGCACCAGCCUGAUCAAGCUCGACGAUGAGGACAUGGCUACGAUCGCCAAGUACACAAACGAACUCGCCGAGAAGAAGGCCUUCCAGCGAUUCGUCUAUCCUCCUUUCGGUGUUGAUUUUGGCUUCCCGGAUAAGUCGUAAGCGGCUUUCUUCCUAUCGCCGCCCUAGACCGAGCAACGCGGUUGUACUGUCAACGAAGAUUGUAUAUAAUGAAUAAACAGUGGUCCUUGCAUGUCUAGAAUCUAGCAUUGUAUAGAGAGAAGCUCGUACAGAUCAG